UUUCUCCCUCUCCUAAACCUAGCUGCCACUGCUAGCUCCGGCCGGCCAUACAGAGAUAAGAUCAGACAGCAUUUAUGCCUGAAUGUCCAGAGAAAGGGAGAGAUAUGAAGAAAUAGGGAAGAAGAUAAAGCGCGAAGGUGAUGACUUCUCUCAAAUGGCAUUAGGAAGAAGGCAUAAUGUAUUGGGGCCCGCCGGAACCCUAAACACCGUUACACCUUGCGCCGCCUGUAAGCUCCUCCGACGCCGUUGUGCUCAAGAAUGCCCUUUUUCUCCCUACUUCUCCCCUCUUGAACCCCACAAAUUCGCUUCCGUUCACAAGGUUUUCGGUGCUAGCAACGUUUCCAAGAUGCUCAUGGAUGUUCCAGAGAGCUUGAGAGCAGAUGCGGCGAACAGCUUAGUAUACGAAGCGAACUUGCGGCUAAGAGAUCCUGUUUAUGGCUGCAUGGGAACCAUUUUAGCAUUACAGCAGCAGGUACAAGCUUUACAAGCGGAGCUUAAUGAAGUGAGGGCAGAAAUAAUGAGAUAUAAGUUUGGGGAAUCCGCCGCCAAUAUCAUCAUUCCGUCACCUCAGGUAUCCUUCUUCCUUACUUCCGGUGCCGUUUCUAUUGCGGCGGCGCCGCCACCUCUACCACCUCCGCCGCCGCCGCAUCUGCCGCCGCCGGUCCUGCUCCCUAGAUCGGCAUCUUUCUCGUUGUACACCCCGGCGCCCUCCGCCCCUGAUAAUGCUGAUUUUGGCACCAUCUCGAGUGAGAACAUAUCAUAUUUUGAUUAAUUAUUACUAUACAUUAUUAUAUUUAUAUAGGUUUUGAUUAUCAAUUAUCAUGAUUUUUUAAUUUAUUAAUUACAUAUAUGGAACAACAAAACGUACGUGAUUGAUGCCUGGUAUCAUCGUCAGUACUAUAAUGAUCAUUGGUAACACAAUAAUGUUUAAUAAUAUUGUUAUAAAUAUAUAUGUGAUGAGAAGACAUUUAGUUA